CACAUUCCUAACCCAAAACCAUCAAGAUUCUUAUGGCAAAGGAUGCGCACAUCUCCGUACUUUCGCUCCCGAUCUCACUCUUGUCUUCAUCCUCAGUCUCCCAAUUUUCCAUCAAUUCUUCCGUAUCUCAAUCGAUUCUGCAACUAAUUUGUUUAAUGUCGGGAAGCUCUGAUUACUAGCUUUGAUCUUGCUCUUGUUUAGUUUAUGUACAGUGGAAGAAAAAGGAGGAGAUCGCUAUGGAUUUUGACCUUCUGAACAAUCCCCAUCCGCACCCUUUGUUCUUCAUCGAAGAGGGGAAGAAUGAUGAAGUGAUUUUCUGCACCAGAUGCCGUCGAAUAUUGCAUCCGCCGGCGUUCAGCUGCUCCGAAUCAGUCUGUAACUUCCAUAUCCAUCAAUCUUGCAUCGACCUUCCUCCGCAAAUCCACAACCACUUCCACCCCCAACAUCCUCUUUCUCGAGCCACCAACAACCACAUCUGUAAUGCCUGUUGGCAAAUGCCGUCGGGCGAUGUUUAUCUGUGUCGCAGCUGCGGUUUUCAGAUUGACGUCAAAUGCGCCAUCGCCGACACCAAAGCCAGCGGUGUACGGCAGACGUCCGAUAACGAGUUUCGACAUUUCAGCCAUCCCCAUACGUUAACCCUUCAGCGAGAACAAAACAUAGCAACCAAUGAAAUUGUUUGUGUUGUCUGUGGAUUGCUUAUAAAAUCAGGUUCUUCUUAUUACUUUUGCUCUAUUUGUGACGCCCAUUUUCAUCAACAAUGUGCCGAGCUGCCGCGCGAGAUGCUAAACUCUGAUUUUCACGAGCACCCUUUAUUUCUUCUUGCCGAUGUUACCCAUACCCAAACCAUCUGUAACAGUUGCAAAAAUGACUGCGGAGAGUUCAUCUAUAACUGUUCCCCAUGCGAAUUCAACCUUCAUGUCGCUUGCUUACAAUCUUUCAAUCAUAAACACAUCUUCACCAAAUUUAGGAAUCAGAUACAGUUCGUUUGUCGAGCAUGUGGUGAGAAAGGAAAUGGAUUCUCAUGGUAUUGCACCAUUUGCCAUCUUUCGGUUCAUAAAGAAUGUGCUGAAUUGCCAUUAACUUUGGGGACAUUUGGACACCGCCUUCAUGAUCUUAGCCUCACCUAUUUUCGUGAUGGGAUUGAUUUUGUAGGCAACAAGAUGGAUUGUAAGAUCUGUGGGGAAGAAAUAAAGACCGAAUAUGCUGCAUAUGGUUGCUACAAAUGCAAGUACUUUGUCCAUUUGGAUUGUGCUCGAAAGCAACGCGUUGACUCUAACUUCACUGUGGAUGAUCUUGAUUCUUCCGAUGAUGAAAACGCCAAGAUUGAGGUUUCCGGCUCUGAGAUUCAACAUUUCAUUCAUCAUCAUCGUUUAGCCUUUGUCACUGAGGAGCAACUCAGGCAGGACAGAGUUUGUGAUGGGUGUAUGAAGCGCCUUUCAGGUCCAUCUUACGGCUGCGAGGAGUGCGGUUUCUUUGCCCACAAAGAAUGUCUUGAAUUGCCUAGAAAGAAAAGGAACUUCCUCCAUCAACAUAGGCUGAAUCUCAUCUCAAUCCCAAAUUUCGUCUUCCAAUGCAAAGCUUGUCUCAAACAUUUCAAUGGCUUUGCCUACCACUGCAAAACAUGUCUCUCCACAUUUGACACCCGAUGCGCCUCGAUCAAGAUCCCAUUUGAACACCCUGGUCACCAACACGCCUUAUCUCUUGACCGCUCAAACGAUGACCACAUAUGUGAAGGUUGUAAGGAGGGGGUGAAGGACAAGAUGGCGUUUCGAUGUGUCGACUGCAACUUCCAUUUGGAUGCAGGAUGUGCGACACUGCCAAUUGGAGUAAGAUACAGAUUUGAUCCACAUCCUUUAGACCUGACAUUUGUUGAGGAUGAAGAAGAAGAGUAUUGCUGUGAUAUCUGUGAGGAAGAAAGAGAGCCGGGGCCGUGGUUCUAUAGCUGCCAAAAGUGCAGUUUUGCUGCACAUUUGGACUGUGCUGUUGGCAUGUUUCCUUACGUGAAGUUAAAGAAGCAUGAAGCUCAUAAGCACACGCUGAAACUUGGGAUGAAAGGGAAGGAAGAGGAUUGUGUGGCUUGUGGUGAAUCAUGUACUGAGGAGUUGGCCUAUGAAUGCAUUUCCAAUUGCAAGUUCAAGGUGCACGCCAUUGGGCUGUGUUACCACAGGCAGGUAGUGCAGGGGAGCCUGGCUUUCACCAACCGUUCUUUUUCCUCUCGUGGAAUUGGACUCCACCAACACACUAUUCAAAACGGGCGCAUUCAAAGAACGAUUGGGCCGUAUGGAGGUGGAGGUGGAAGUCCUUGGAACGAAAAAGUUUUCACAAAGAUCAGAGCAUUCGUUAUUAAUCAUCAAGAAUUGAUCUACUCCAUUCAAAUUCAGUAUGAGAAGGAUGGGAAGUUGACAUGGUCGACAAUGCACGGCUCAGAUGGCGGUUCAAGAUCUGAGGUUGUUUUUGAUCAAGAUGAACAUCUCGUCUCAAUUCGUGGCUAUUAUAGUGACUUAAGUAAAUGGAGUAUUGCACUCAUUGUUAUCCGAUCACUGACAUUGGAAACAAAUAAAAAAAGUCAUGGGCCAAGCUAGCCUUUUACUCGUUGUCGAGCAUUGUCGGUUGAAAGCCUCGAGCAGUUGCUUCCUUUCAACUCUCAGCUUUCUCUUUGGAUUUAAAUAAUGGUU